AUGAAUUGUCAAGGAUUACUGUACUUGAUUCUUCUUUUUCCUUGGAGGUACUGUACUUACCAUCACCACCAGAUACCCCAGUACCAUGGAGAUUAUCAUCAGGAGAUUCAGAAUUUUCAUGAUGAUGUGGGAAGUCAGAUGGGGUACCCCACAGGCCCACCACCAUCGGAAUCUUAUCAGAUGGACCACCAACACCACCCGAACUACGAAAUACCCCCAGAAUCACAUCAUCCAUCCCCUUCCGCCGCUUCUUGUCUCUCCAGAAUCCGUCUAGCCGCCUCGUUCGACCCACAAAUUUCCACAAAAAUCAAUCGAUUUAUCGAUUCCAUGAGAAUCGAUCGAUUGAGAGCCUAUGUUUGUGAGCGGACUGCCUAUUUCUGUGAUGAAGCUCAACAAAAAGGAGUGGGUGAUCUAUUCCAUCAAUUCGAUCGAUCGAUUGAAAUUAUCGAUCGGGUCAAAGGCCAAUUGACCACUACGGAAAAGGACCAAUUAAAUAUGAUGGAGAAUUUGAAUGAUACACUAGCAGAGCAGACAUUUUUUGUUUAUAAAUUUCAUCAACUCAAUCCAGUGGACUUAGCCGUCUUAACCUCUGCUAAGACCUCCCUGACCACUGCACUAUCCUCAAGCACCCCUGAUGCGGCUCUCAGCAAAGCAAUGGGCUCUUUUAGCCCUCAAGACUUGGAAAAAUUGGCGACAUUUCCAGUCGCCCAUCUACCCGAAGAGGUACGUAGCCACUUGGCACGAUGCCAAAUCACGGCACCCGAAGUCGUUCAUGAUACAGUGGCGUUUUUGUUAUCAGUGAUAGGAUCCAAACAUAAUAAUUGA